GAAUUGAGCUUCAUCAUGAAAAAAACUACAAAGACGCAUGGAAAUGUUUUAAGGAAAAUGCAGAUCUAGGAAACAUCUCUGCAAAAUAUUGGCAAGGAUACUAUUUAUCCAACGGGUAUGAUGGUGUUGUUAAAAAAGAUAAAGACAAAGCUAUGGAACUUCUUAAAGAGGCAGCUGAUAAUGGUGAUCCAUAUGGAUAUAAGCUAGAUGAUGCACAGUUUCGAUAUGCAGAAUUAUUGCUAGAGAGCCUUAAAAAUAAUGUUGACAAUGAAGACAUCAAGCGCGAAAAACGCAAAAAAAAUUUUCACUAUUUUAAAUUAGCUGCAGAUAAUAAUAAU